AUCAAAUUUUUAUUUUUUUGGUGCCAUAAGGAAAUAUAAUUAAACUUAAAUAGGAAUGAGGUACAUAGGUAAUUCAGCCAGAUUCUGACAAUAUGUUACAAAACAUGAUUGAAGGGCAAACUGAAAAGACCAAAAUUAAGGAGUCCUUUAUUGAAGCGCCAAACUUUACUGGUGUCUGGUGAUGAAAUCUUUAUUUGGUAUUUUUUUUCAUCACCAAUCAAAUCUUUAUUGGUGAUGAAAAAAAUGACCUUUCCAAAAAUAAAAGGCAAAGGUAGCAUUGCUUUCUAAGAGCAUGGCCUAUGGUCAGAAUGACCUAGAAAAAAUGGAAAAAGUAAAGGUAAGAAGAAUGGCGUUCAGAAAAAAAAGCAAAGGUGAGCAUGGCAUUUCAAAAAGAAAAAGGUAAAGGUAAGCAUGACCUGAGUAGGGCAGCAUCCCAUUCGCUUUGUCAGUUGACUAUAGACCUUAGGUUCCCGAUCAGUGUUUUACUCUAGUUUUUUAUUUUUUAAAAAAAUUUAUUAAAUUAA